AGUAGUUGACGUCAUAUCUAGUGGCCGGAAGUCGUGUCUGCAGAGAAGAAUGGCUAGGCUGCUGAAGAAGACGACCGGCCUGGUUGGCCUGGCAGUGUCCCACAAUCCACAUGAGCGUCUGGGAAAUAUUUACUCGAAGAUCUUGGCAUCACUGCAGACCAUGCCACAGGAUGCAGCCUACAGGAAGUACACAGAGCAGCUGGUCAGCGAGAGGUUCAACCACGUCAAGACGGAGCCUGAUGUUGAUAAGCUGGAGAAGAAGAUAAACUGUGGGCAGAUUGAAGAAGUUAUUUUCCAGGCGGAGUGUGAGCUGUCUCUGUCCAGGAAGAUGUCAGAGUGGAAACCAUGGGAGCCCCUGGUAGAAGAGCCUCCUCCAAACCAGUGGAAAUGGCCCAUCUGAGAUACCUCUGUAUACUGUGCAUGUCAUACUGUCUUUGUGUGAGAUCCAUACCCCUGCUUCUAAUGAAGUUAUGUACAAAUAAAAGCCCUGCAAACAUUUC